AUGUGACUCCAUUAAUUACAUGUUGGAAUAUGGAGGUAUAAAAACGCUCUAGCCAGAUUAUACGCAACGACAGUCUGUUCUAAUUGUCCAUUAGACCGGGUGAAGAAUAUGCGCGCAGAAACUGUUAUCAUUUUCUUGCAUAACAUGUUUGGUGGACCGAUAGGUACCGACGAUCAUAGAUCAAGAGCUCCUCGUGUGUUUAUCUACACAACACUGAUCAUUGGAGUGAGUGUUACAUUCUUCACGCUUUGCAUAUUUGAUCUACACAAAAUACUGUACCAGCGAGACCUGGUGUUAAGCGUUAUCGAUCUGCUAAUGCUGCUUGGAAUAGCGGCCACGGUGCUUUCCAUACAAACGUCCACGCUUAUGAAGUAUUUCUACAAACCAAACGUAUCCAUUAUCCAGUGCCUUGAAGAUAUUGAUAGCCAUCUGUACACGCUAAACAUGCGUCGAGAUCCUGCCCAAAGCCUUGCGUCAAACUGUGCCGUAGGUUUCGGUGGUGCAAUCACUGUAUCGCUUGGCUAUUUGCUAGUGAAUGUAUUGCGAAUCAAUCGGGCAAAUGGAUUAAUUUUUGGCUUCAAGGUGUACGGAUUGUUUGUAGUAUUUCUCAUGCACGGACUGUUUCUUGUGUUCUGUUACCAAAUCCUGAAGCGAAUUCGGUACAUGGCGAGGCACUUGGAGAAAAUGAUCGCUACUACCAUGCGCCAUAAUGAUCAACCGACAAGUAUAACGGAAUACGUUAGUAUGCGAUUUUGCAGAGAUCUAAAUUCGUUGGCCACUGUGCAAAUGCAGUGCUUCCGAGCGGUCAACCAUUUAAAUGAAGAGUGUGGCUUACCCAACGUUACCAUCUUCGGAAUGUUUUUCUAUGUUCUUACUGCGAAAAGUUUCCAAUUAUUCUACGUGUGCUCAAUCGAAUUCAAACAACACGGAUUUCAAUUUAAUCACAUGCUAGAACCCACGGUAUUGAUAAUGGCAGUGUUUGGAUACUUUUCCAUUGCUACAUAUCUUGGAGAGUUGGUUCUAAGGGAGACGCAGCUCGUAAUAAAUAAUCUACACAAAUUUGAGGCCAUACAUUCAAUCAUACAACAAAAGAAGAACCAAUCAGAGUUGGUAGAACAGCUUGGCAAUCAAAUAAUGCAUCAACCAAUAUGCUUCACGGUCAUGAAUUUCUUUCAAAUAGAUCUUAAAUUUUUUCAUCUGGUCAUGGCAUCAGUCGGAACGUAUCUGAUAAUAUUGUUGCAGUUCGAUUUUGAAAACUAGUGCAAUGAAAUAUUAAGGCCACUAUAAUCGUCUGUACAUAAUGUGUUAAUCUCAC